AUGGCAUCACAAGAAAUAGACAGCAGAAUGGAUUUCGUGACCUUUCAAAACACGAUCGACGGAAAAUUAUGCAACACAACACAAACCCGACAUAGCAUCAACCCCGCGACUGGCGAAGCAAAUCCCCCCGUUCCACUCUCUACCAAGAAAGAACUAGACGAUGCGGUGCUCGCUGCAAAGAAAGCCCAAAAAUCCUGGGCUCGUACAUCUACCACAGAACGUCGCAAAAUGCUCCUAGCAUUCACCGAUUCCUACGCAACAUACGAGUCCGACUUUGUCGACUUACUCAUAUCCGAACAGGGAAAAGCGAAAUUUCUAGCCCAUGAUGAGUUUGCUAGGAGUUUAGCCAUGAUUCGAGAAACUACCGAACUUUUGCUUACGGAAGAAGUUGUUGCGGAAACUGAUACUAUGGUUGCGAGUGUGAGAUUUGUUCCCAUUGGUGUAGGUUGUGGAUUGGUACCUUGGAAUUAUCCAGUUCUGCUUGCGAUGGGAAAAUUAGUUCCUGCCGUAUGGGCUGGAAAUACGAUUAUUAUCAAACCUAGUCCUGAUACUCCGUAUUGCGCGCUUAAGAUUGUCGAAUUGGCAAAUAAGUUUCUCCCUCCCGGAGUAGUGCAGGCGUUGAGUGGAGGACAUGAGUUUGGUCCUUUGUGUACGCUUCAUCCUGAUAUUGAUAAAAUUGCUUUUACGGGGAGUAUUGAAACUGGGAAGAAGGUGAUGGAGAGUUGUGCUAAAACUUUAAAACGUGUUACGUUGGAAUUGGGCGGGAAUGAUUCGUGUAUUGUUUGUGAAGAUGUCGAUAUUGAGAAUGUGGUUCCACAGAUCGCCCAACUCGCAUUAAUGAACUCAGGUCAAAUUUGCAUGGACAUAAAACGCCUCUACGUCCACGCCGACAUCUAUGACCAAUUCCUCUCAGCCCUCGUAUCCCACGUCUCCAAACUAAAAGUCGGACCAGGAGCCGAUCCCACAAGCUGGGUCGGACCGCUCCAAAACAAAGCACAAGUAAACAACGUCCAAACCUUCUACGACGACAUUAAAAAAAAUGGACUAAAAGUCGCUUAUGGCGGUUCAAACGAAAGCAUCAAGAUGAACGAUACGCUAAAGAAAGGAUAUUUCGUCAAUCCAACUAUCAUCGAUAAUCCACCCGACAGCGAAAGAAUCGUACAACUCGAACCCUUUGGUCCCAUUUUCCCAGUUCUUAAAUGGAGUGGUGAGGAUGAGGAGAUUGUGGAUAGGGUAAAUGAUUCGAUUACAGGCCUGGGAGCUUCAGUAUGGAGUACAAAUAUCGCGAGAGCGGAGAAGAUGGCCAGGGAAUUGCAGGCGGGUAGUGUGUGGGUGAAUACUCAUUUUUGUUUAAGUGCGAAGGUUCCCUAUGGAGGGUUUAAGAAUAGUGGGAUUGGGAUGGCCUGGGGUUUGGUGGGUUUGAAACAUUGGUGUAAUGCGCAGAGUGUGUGGUUGCCGAGGGAAAAGUCGAAGAUUUGA